AUGGCUCACCACGCAAGGUCUUCCAGAUCAGUCAAAAAGGAAGAGUUGGGCAAAAGGAAAACUAACCAGGGCAAAAAGAAAUCUAGCCAAGUGAGAAAGAAAACCACCAAGACUUCCACAAAAGCUGGUAGUUCUGGAAAAAGCAAAAAGCCACCACAAGAAAAAGAUGUUAAGAAAAAACAGCAAGAAAAGAAACCAAUCAUGAGCUCUUCAGGUAGACUUCUCAGGAGCAGUGUAACCAGAACCUUGUCUGGAGCAUCUUGGGUGAGUUUGGAGAAAGCUGACAACAUCCUCUUUCAUAGCCAGGAUUCUUUCAACAUCCAUGGCUUUACAAUGUCUCUCCGUAACCGAUCAUUCUCCCGUAGAUGGUCCCAAACUCCAGCAAUUGCAAAACCCAGGAAGGCUGCAGCACAAAAAAGGCUAGAAACAAAGGAAAAACAUGAACAAGGAGCCCUGGCAGUAGUAGAAGAAAAUAAUGUUGAAGCAGAUGAAAGAGUUGUGAAGCAAGAUUUAGCACAAAAUCAGUUAGUUCCUCUGCCUGUAGAAGAUACUCCAUGUAGUGUAGGUGAAGAGCCUGCUAUCACAUGUGCCAGUCAAGAGGUAGAAAUACCUGAUACAAAUGACUCCGUUCCAAGCAGUCAGAUAACUGAUGAUGAUACAGAAGUGUUAGAGGUGAAAUACAAGCAUGAAGACCUGCCCUGUGAGCAGAUACCCAGCAAUUUUGGUAUGAGUAAUUUGCCUGAAGCAUUUUUUCAAAAUGCUGCACUUGUGCUUCCAUCUUCUUCUGACUCCAUAAUCACCUCUGAAUUAAACUCGAAGGUGUGUGCAGAGACACCCUUCGAUCUGGUGCCUGUUAGUGAAGAACCUGACUCCAGUUCUGUCCAUACCUCAGAUCUCAGCUCAGCAGUACCAUUAGAAGAGUCAGUCCCACUUGUCAAAUCCCCCAUUGAAGCAAAGUCAGACAUGGUGCUACCUAGUGAAGAACAAGACUCAAAUUCUGAAUCUAUUGUUACCUCUGAGUUUAACUCACAAGAACAUUUGCUAGAAGCUGCAAGCUCACUUGCAGAGUCCUGCUUGAAGGCAGACUGGGAUUUAGAGUCUGAGAAUAAAGACAUUUUUUCAAAUUCCAGCUCUAUAGUUGCCACUGAAUCAAAUUCGCUUUUACAUUUCGAAGGUGUGAGCUUGCUUGCAGAAUCCCACAUGAAACUGGUUGUGGAUUUUGUACCCAUUCACAAAGAACUUGACUCAAAUUUGGAUUUGAGCUGUAGAAGAGAUAAUUCAGAAUCUGACUCAAAAAACGUAUUUACAGUAUGUGAACCAGUGUCCAAUACCUCUUCAAACAAUAUUGAAGUGGAGGACAUUGAACAGCUUGUUAAAUGCAUUGAUGCAGAGACAUUAAUUUUGAAUUCAGGUUAUGCCCCCACUUUAUCUCCAGACGUGGUGGAAAAAAGCACAGUUGAUAAAAUCUCUGGUGAAAGCUCUGGACAAUUCUCUGAAGGUUUUGUUUUGGAGUUGCCUUCAAGCAUGGAAAUCUCUGCUCUUGCCUCAGAAAAAGCCAUAAAUGCAGAUUUGCCAGCUGACUCAAGACUGCAGCAUGAUUAUUCAUCACAGCUGGGGAGAGUCGGAGUGAGCUUGAAUUUGGUUCAGGACAAUGUGAGUGACAGCACUGAAGCAGUUGAGGCCUCAGGGCCAUCCUCUCUGAAAAAUCCAGCUGGCAAUUUCCCUGCUCCAUAUUCAUCUCUGCUCCCUGUGCUGGAGAAGAAGAAGCGAAGGCGCUGUGGAGUGUGUGAGCCCUGUCUGCGGAAAACAAACUGUGAAGAAUGCAGCUGUUGCAGGAAGCGCAAAACUAGUCACCGGAUAUGUAAGAAGAGAAAAUGUGAAGAACUGAAAAAGCCACCACCACCACCUAUCAUGCUACCUUUUGAGGUUCUAACUGAAAACAAAAGGCCUCAGAGGAGGAAGCAAAGAGUUUUAAAGGCAAAUUUAGAAAACAAACCAGUAAAUGGCCGCAGACCAGAACUCAUGGAAUGCAGUAUAUGUGGUCAUGGUGAAAAAUACAGGGUGAAAACAAACCAAACAGUACCCAUUGAAAAUGUGCAGUCUAAGGAGAGAGAGAGAAUGACAGGCUUAGAAGCAGAUAAGUGGGCACAUCAUGAGAAGCCAUCUUUUGGUGUCUAUGUCAAUGGAGAUAUCCAUGGAACUGUGACAGGCAACGAACACUUGAAAAACGCCGAAGGCUGUGAAAGAACAGUCUCUCCCAGUCAGUUAGAUGAGCCAAAAAAAUCAUUUGCACAGGCCAUCAGAAAUGGCAUAAAAGCUCUACAUUAUUCACCACCAGAAACAGUUGCUUCGCUGAAAAGAGUGUCCAUAGAGGAAAGGACAGAUUUGACAAGCAACUCCCAUAUGCAAUGGAUGAAGGGUGCUAAUCUGAGUAACAUAGUAAACACUCUGACAACUGGCAUCGGCUGUGUUCACCCAGAAAAACAAGGAAAUCUUUUAAUGAAAGAGGAAAACUGCACUUGCAGCAUCUUUGAGGACUCUAAGUCAGUUUUGCAGACAUGUUCCAUUUCAGAUCUGCAAGAAAGCUUGUGUUGUCCUCCCCUGCCUGAAGAGGAAGUGCAUGUAGGGAAGGAUGGCUUUAAAGUACCUAAGGCAGAGACACAGCAUGAGGGUUCUUCACUCCAGCCGACUUUCUUGUCCUUGAUUAAAACCAGAAAUUUAACUGUAGAGCAGGUUGUAGCUAUUGAAGCUUUAACACAGUUAUCCGAAACCCCCUUAGAAACAACUUCACCAGCUAAAACUGAAAGUACUGAAUGUACAGAAGAAACAACUUCCAACUUGCUCCAUAGUUAUAAAAGGGAUAUCUCAUCCUCCUUCACAUCUUCUGCACUAAAAGAAAUCAAAGACACUUACUUACAGAAUGAGCAACAGCUCUUGGCUCACUGUGCUUACUCACAGAAGCAACUCCCUAAUAAGGCAGUGUUGUACAAUGGCCAAAGUUCAAUUUCUGAAUUGCGUGAUAAACCCGCCAACCUGGCUGGUGACAUGUAUAAAUUGCAGUUAUCCUCAAGAGAUACCAGAACUUUAUCUGACCUAACAUCUAAUGCAAAAUCAUUUUUGGGAUAUACUACCAAGAAAAGUUACACUCAUGAUCCGGUCACCCUUGCACGGUGUUGCAAACAAGUCCAGCAAACAAGUAACAACUUGGAAACUCUUGGCCAGUUAGAGCCCAAGCCAACCUGCAAUGAUUUGAACUUGGAAGCUAGUUCUUUGAUUAAAGAAGGAGGAAUUCACAGUCAGGAUGAAGAGGAUGUAGCCACACAACUAACUCAACUUGCGGCCCUGAUUGAAUCAAACCAGACAAAUCCAGAGCAGAAGCAUGACAUAAAGGCAUCGCUGUUUAAUCUAAUAUCACAUGAAAGACAGCCAAAAUGUAACCAAGAUAUGCUGCAGAAAAAAGAAUCUCUAUUUUUUAGGAAUAAUUACAGUUCCUUACUGUUAAAGCAAAAGCACCCAACAAAUAAAAAAGGCAGUGCUGUACCAUGGAAACCAAGACACAAAAAAAAGCCACAAGAAGAACGCUAUCAACAAAAUAAUCAAAACCAGCCAGAGCUGUUAUCAUGCCAGCAUAGUGAGUUACAGGACAUUUGGAUAUCAUCAAAACUGCACAAGCUUGGUCAAACUGUGCCACAGGACUCCAGAACAGCUCCAUCUGAAAAAAAAUCUCCAAGAACCAAAGUACAGAGAGCACCAAAUCAAAAUACUUCAGCAUCACAAGAAAAGCCUAGAUUGUUUCUCCCACAAGCACAGAUCAAAUUCCACAGAUGUCUACCUGAGGUACCACAAGAGAAAAAAAAAGACAGGUUGUUUAGCUGUGAGGUGGGGAACGAGCACAUCAAAACUGAUAAUCCUCUGGCUGUUUCACAGUUGAAAACAGCAUCAUUCUCAAACAGACCAAGUGAAAACCUACCCGUGUUUACAGAAAAAUGCAAUUCUCAGGUACAGCAAACACCGGAUGUCGGUCAGAUGCAUCCUUUGCCUCAGACUUUUAAUCAGUCUAACCUGAGAGCUAAAGAAAUGCGUAGUGAAGGCAAAGCCAAUAUUCAGCAGGGUGCUGUCCUACAACAAGUAGAUCCCAAGUCAAAGGUGCUGCCUGUUCCCUGUGGUGGGGCCCAGGUACCAGGUGCUGUUGAAGCUCUCAGGAAUAUGGAGUGUGCGGGCGAAGUGACCGUUCCGACUUCAACCAGUUUGGGUACUGACCACCCACAGAGCACAGGCAACUCAGGGUGUUCUCCAGCAAAAAACACACUCAGCAGUUUCCUUGAAUCACCUAUGAAGUUUCUUGAUACCCCAACAAAAAAUUUGAUAGAUACACCUACAAAAAAAGGACAGUCUGAGUUGCCAACUUGUGACUGUGUUGAGCAAAUUAUAGAGAAAGAUGAAGGUCCGUAUUACACACACCUCGGGACAGGACCCAGUGUUGCUGCUGUGAGAGAAAUAAUGGAGAACAGGUAUGGAGCAAAAGGAAGUGCUGUGAGAAUAGAGGUAGUGGUUUAUACAGGAAAGGAAGGAAAAAGCUCUCAGGGGUGUCCAAUUGCCAAGUGGGUGAUCCGAAGAAGCAGUGAUGAGGAGAAGCUGCUGUGCUUGGUCCGUCAGCGUGCAGGACACCACUGCCAAACUGCUGUCAUUGUGAUCCUCAUCCUGGCCUGGGAAGGGAUCCCCCAUCUCCUGGCUGACACACUCUACAAGGAGCUGACACAGAGUCUCAGAAAGUAUGGCUGUCCCACCAGCCGCAGAUGUGCCCUCAACGAAGAUCGGACUUGUGCAUGUCAAGGACUUGAUCCAGAAACUUGUGGAGCAUCGUUCUCAUUUGGCUGUUCAUGGAGUAUGUAUUUCAAUGGCUGUAAGUUUGCCAGAAGCAAAAACCCCAGGAAAUUCAGGCUUCUCACUGAUGACCCUAAACAAGAGGAACUUCUUGAAAACAAUUUGCAAACUUUAGCUACUGAUGUGGCUCCAGUUUACAAAAAGCUUGCUCCUGAAGCUUUCCAGAACCAGGUGGAAAAUGAGCACAUGGGCCCAGACUGUCGGCUGGGCUCCAAGGACGGACGGCCCUUCUCAGGGGUGACAGCCUGCAUUGACUUCUGUGCCCACGCCCAUAAAGACACACACAACAUGCACAAUGGGAGCACCGUGGUCUGCACGUUAACGAAGGAAGACAACCGGAGAGUGGGGGUGAUUCCAAGUGAUGAACAGCUCCAUGUGUUACCUCUCUACAAAAUUUCACAAACAGAUGAAUUUGGCACUGAAGAGGGACUUGAAGCUAAGAUCAAAGCCGGAGCCAUACAGGUGCUCACAGCUUUUCCCAGAGAAGUACGAAUGUUAGCGGAGCCUCUCAGAGCCACAAAGAAGAAGAAGCCAGACACAAGAAGGACCUCGAGUGAAAAGCAGCCCUUAAUAGAUAAAAAAUACUCAACGCCAGUAAAGCUGAAAACUGAAGCCCCAGAAAAUCUCAGCAACACUUUGCAUUGUUUAGGGAACAAAACAGAUGCUUUAAAACCUGGGAUAAAAACGGAGCCUUCUGAUCACCUCUAUGCCAUCAAAAAUGCUUCAAACACUACUAAAAAUUGUUCUUUAUUAAAACAGUAUACAGCUUCCUCCCCUUUUAAGGUGGAUGGUUUACAUCCUUACUCAUCUUUAGAACAUAAGCCUGGCAUAACAGCAGUGACUAACAUUCAACAAGAUUUCUCAGUUCCCUACGGGUAUUUUGAGUGCAGUAGUAAGCAACCUCACGUGACACCUUACGUUAAUUGUAAGAACUUUGAUGUGUCGGUCAAAGAUUAUACUGGAAUUUUGCUGAAUGAUAAGAUGAAUGGUGCGCCACCCAUCCUUCCAGAGGUCACUGCUCCAGGCCCCCCAGCCCACAGAGACUCCCUGCCCACUAUACUUGAACAUCAGCCAGACAAACAGAAUUGUCAGCUGCAGUUAGACAACCCUCCUUCUUCACAGAUGACCGGUGAUUUGUCAGUACCACAAAGCUCUCCAGCAAAGGAUGCUGUUGGAAAUGAAGCUGACUGUUCCCAUGGAUGCCCGAUGGAAAAGGGCAGCUCCCAUGGAGAGCAGAUGUGUGAUUUUGACUGUGUUGAGGAAAAGCAAAACAGUGCACUGGGACAACCAACCGAGUCGGAAGAAAAAGCUGAGGAACUGUGGUCAGACAGCGAGCACAAUUUUUUGGAUGGCGACAUUGGCGGGGUGGCUGUGGCACCUUCUCAUGGCUCUAUCUUAAUUGAAUGUGCCCGACGUGAACUCCACGCUACCACACCCAUUAAAAAACCCAACCGCAAUCACCCCACCAGAAUUUCUUUAGUUUUCUACCAACACAAAAAUUUAAAUGAGCCAAAACAUGGUUUAGCCAUGUGGGAAGCAAAGAUGGCCGAGAGGGCGAAAGAAAAGGAAAAAGAAGCAGAAAGAUUAGGAACCGAGAACACUGAACUCAACUCCAGCAGCAGGAAAACAAAGCAAAUGAAUGAAAACAGAGAUAUUUUUUAUGAAGACAACGAGUUCAACCAAAUCCCAUCACGCAGAGCACUGACUGUAACAAAGGACAACGUGAUAACAGUAUCUUCGUAUGCCCUCACCCGAGUUGCAGGGCCGUACAACCAUUGGGCAUAG